AUGAUGUGAUGGUAAAAGAUCUCCCACAGAGUAUCAUAGACAAAGCGAAAAACCUUGCGAACGGUGAAUGCAGCAAGGUAUAUGUACAACCAAGGAAUAGAGUGGAAGAAGAAAAGGGAGCCCAGAAGAAGUUUUACCAAUCGUUUCAGCAUGGAGAAAAGAGUAUCAUGAGUGAUGAAAAGUGGAUGAAGGCAAAAAAGAGUGAAAAAUGUACCACCUGUGUCUUAAAUGAACUUUGCCGUGGGAUGAGUGCUGAAACCUUACAGCAAUUGAACAUCGAAUCGACGUUAACUGCGUAAGUACUUAAGUUCAAUCUGUGAUAUAUGAAAAAGUGCUCCUUAAUAUUCUCUUGCCCAGGGGAGGGGGUAUAUCGGAGUUAAGAUUACGGGGAUAAUCAAAAGGGGGCAACCGUGAUCAAUCCCCCCCCAAAAGAAAAUCCCUAGAGCAGCUUCCAACGACCCCCCCCCCCGAAAAAAAAUUUCUGCGCAAAAAUUAACCCCCCCAAAAUCCAUCCUUUUUUAUCAGGCAGAACUACGUGGCCAGCAUAUACGCGUGGCAUGUCCCGAUUGCGCUGGGCACUUUUCCGAAUUUGGAGCACUAUUUUACAUUUCCAGCACUCUUGAGCAGAAUUUGAGCAUUUUUUUCGCUUUAUCGGGCAACAUUAGGCACGUUGUUUUUUACAAUUUUCCACAUGUUUAAUAACAGUUGUAGCUAUACGGUGAUACAUUGAAGCCCAUACGGUUCUGUGCUUCUGUGGGAGUGCUUUCGAAACUAUGCUGACUUAACAGUUGAAGAGCUUGACUUAUUCGAUCUUGGGUUUAGAUCUUAAUAAAGAGAUUUUGUUCGAAAAACAUUAUUGGUGUUUCACUUCUAUGAUCACCUAUUAGAAAAUCGAGGGUUAAAGCCUUCAUAAAACUAAGAAUAUUUAUGAACAUCUGCUAGGAAAUAAUUUAAAACUACGAGCAUUUUUCGAGAACUAUUUCGAAAUUUCAAGCACUUUUCUGCCAUGUUUUGAGCACUUUUUGGCGAAUUCUCCAGCGCAAUCGGAACAUGCCUCAUACAGGCCCGGUACAACGCCAAUCUUCAGAUUGUUUUUAAUAACCUUAAAUCAACGCACCCCCAAAAAUACCCUUGCCAAGUUUUCCUAACAAAACAAAUUUCGCAAAAAAAAUUAACCCUCCCCCCCCCAAAAAAAAAAAAAAAAAAAAUAUUUAAAUAAACUCCGCCCAUUUAAAACCGAACAAAAAAAUUUACUCAACCCCAAAAAAACACCCAUCAACCAUUUACAAAACCUAAAAAAAACUUUAAUAGAAAUAAAUAACAAAAAAAAAAAAAAAUUAAAUACAGCGCCGAAAAAACGCAAAUCUUCCAAUGUUUUUUAAGAACCUUAAAACAACACACCCCCAAAAAUACCCUUGCCAAGUUUUCCUAACAAAACAAAUUUCAAAAAAAAAAUUAACCCCCCCCCCCCCCAAAAAAAAAAAAAUCGUUAAAUCAACUCUGCCAGUUUAACUCCGGACAACUACAUCUGCUCAACUCCUAAUAAACUCUCAUCAAGCAUUUUCAAAACCUUGAGUUAGCGUGAGUUCGAUUGAGUGUCCAUGAGGUCAGCGCUUUCCAUGAACGUACUCUGACUGAUCGUAGCUAACGACCAGUCACAACCUGCUUACCACAAACAAUCUAGAACCUUUUGAAGAGAUAAAUAAUAAUUAUCAAAAGGGAUAAUGAUCACCUUUUUCGUAUUUUUCCUGUCUGGUUAUUAGUACUGAAAGAGAGAGGAAGUGUAAAAUGGAAAUUCUCCGUCAAAAACUUGAUGUCAGUAACCCCGAACAGUCACAAAAGAUAAACUGCAAACCAAGGACGCCAUUUCGCACAGUCGACGGAACGUGCAACAACUUACAAAACCCAACCUUCGGAGCAGUCAAUACACAAUUUAAUCGUCUCAUAGCAGCGGAUUAUGGCGAUUCCAUCUCAACACCUCGCCUUGCGACGUGUGGAAAGGAGCUUCCGAAUGCGCGUGAUGUAAGUCGCUUUGUUCACGGCAGUAACAAAGACCGCACUAACCCAAAUUCUACCUUACUGACCCAUCUGACAAUGAAUUUUGGACAGUUCAUGGACCAUGACACAACGCUGGCUAAGGCGCAAGGGCUUAACUGCGAACCACCCACAACAAAUCCAGAGUGCAUCAACAUUGAAAUUCCCGAGGACGAUGCAACAUUCCGAGACCGGAAAGUCGAUAUUAUUGAAAUGGAGAGAGACGCCCUUCACGAACCAUCUUCUUUCUGUAAACUUGUCACUAGAGAGCACAUCAACACUAUUACAGCUUAUGUUGAUGCUUCCAAUGUUUAUGGGUCAACAGAAGAAGUUGCUAAGUCAGUCCGGGUUCACCCUAAUGACAGUGCACUUCUGAAAGUAAUGAAGCAUCCAGAUGGCAAACCCUUUAGAAAUCUGUUGCCUCCGCAGACCGAAGAAUCCGGGUGUCCAUCUCUUGAUCCACAGAGGCCGUGUUUUUUAGCAGGAGACGAGAGAAACAAUGAAAACCCAGGUGAGAAUAAAUCAGCAUUGAUAGAGUCUAUAUAUGCAUCAUUAUCGAGACCCUCUAAGGUGGGUAGAUAUGUCCCUUUUAUGAAUGUCAAAACCUGUGCUUUCACAUUUUGAGGAGGAGGCCAUGUCGCUAUCGGUGCUGUGCUACUGUAUUUGCGCUUUGAUUUGUUCCUCGCUAGCGCAGUCUGAACCCAGUGUAUCGCCACUUCAUCUGACCCACGUCCCUUUUUCUGGGUCAUAUCGCAGAGUUGUGGAAUUUCCUUUUAUAGGGUCUUACUGCAUUAGUUGCCAGUGCCAAAAUACGAGGCCUCAACGUCUUUAGUGAUUUGAAAUGGAACUGACAUAUUGACUCCAUUAUCAAGAAAGCUAAGAAGCGCCUAUAUAGUUUAUCUCAGCUUAAACGCUCUGGCCUAAGUACCCGUGAGCUAGUUCAGUUUUUUCUGCACUUGCAUUCGCCCUAUCACGGAUUGAAUGUCCUGUCUUUCACGACAGUCUUCCCGCGUAUCUCUCCAAUGAACCUGAGGGAAUACAAAACCGGGCCACAAAGUGCCUAAUCCCCCCUGAAACUUUCAGACCGACGCCAGGAACUUGUAGACAAACUAUUUAAGGAAGUCGUACAGAAGAAAGAGAAUAAGCUUCAAGGCCCUCUCCCUGCUCUUAAUACCUCUAGGUCGAACCUAAGAAACACAGGGAAAUUUAGGCCUGUUUUCAAGACGAGCAGAUUCCGUAAUAGUAUUCAGUUUAAGUCCAAUGCCCUCAAGGCUAAAUAAACUGUGUUUCCCUAUCUAUAGUUUUACAAUUUUCGAUUGCUUUUAUUUUGUCAAAUUCUAUCUUUUUAUUUCUUAACAAAUCACAAUUUUACUCUAGUGUAUUCAUGUAUUGUUUCUAUGAUUCGAUUCUUACAUUUUUCUUUUUAAAUCAGCUUCUUAGAAGUGGUAGUAUUUUUCAGUUAUCAUAAUUAUUUGUAAAUAAUCGCCUAAUUCAACCUCUGGGUUGCGAUGUGAUUAUAAAUAAACUAUCUAACUAUCCUAUUAAUGCCACAAGCUUUUUUGAUCUUCUGGAGCCGAGAGAGAUUGUUAAUCUCGUUCUUUUUUUCUUCACCUAACCCUAGUAUUCAUUUGAUAAAUGUUGCUUUUUAAAUUGGAGAAGUUCAAGACAUAUGAUUUGAUGACUCGUAUUGCGGUUAAUGCUACUAUGAACUGAUUUCUGACCGGGCAAACUCCACUUAAAUGAGAAAACGUUUCUAGAGAUCUGAUAGAAAAGUAACUUAAUUUAAGUAAGCUUAAAUUCCAGUUUGUCGAGAUCGACGAUAGGAGAUGCAAUACCGACGAAUCUUUAUAUUUCAGUUAUUUACUUAUUAGCUAUCGAUUUUAAACAAUAAUUGGCUAAGGCCGAUAAAACUUACCGAGAUCUUGAUUAUUCCGGAUACUACAAACUUAAGACCUUAUCCAAUAAUUGUUUCAUUAUACACUGUUUUGAAGAAAUGACGACAAAAACCGUUGCACGCAGAACGCACUUUGUCCUUGCUUUUGGAAAUCAUACAUUGCAUGCAACCCACACAUUAGUCUGUUAACUAACUAAUCUUCAGGGGCACCCAACGACUGUUUUCUUUCAAAAUAUCUGUUCGGAGAAGCAAAUAUUGCCUAGAAUUUUCUAUUACUUGAGGGCGGCUAAAAAUGUCUUGAUGAGCGUUCCAUUUAGGUACAAUUUUCGAAGCUUAUCUAAAAAAUUCCCUACGAUUUUCUGAAGUUUAAUUUUUCAUAUUUUACUCCUAUUGUUAGGCUAAUUUUCUUAGGAAAAGGAAAACUAAAAUUUUCGGAUUCAAAAAUGUGAUGGAGAGAGGAAUAAGAAAAAUUCCCACUUUCGUAAAACGCUCAGUUGCAUCUAAUAUUUUCGGGAAAAGAACAUUGAAGUCCUGGCUUGUAAUUCGGAAAAGCCACAAGUUCCCCUGUAGGAUGACCGAACAGACACAAAUUUUAUAGCGCCGCCGAGAAUGCAUUUUAAAUUACUCUGAUAGCCUAAAAAGACUUUUCAAUGCAUUUAGGAGGAAACUGUCGUUGGGUGCCCCUGAAUCUUUAGGUUACACUGAUUGUAGCCUUUAGCCAUUGAGGGGAGUGAUAGUGAGUGCAAUAUAUAAUAAGAUGUCUUAUCUUACAGGUCUCAAUUCAGUCCAUACUAUCUUCGUUCGGCAGCACAACCGAAUAGCCACAUUUUUACUCAACAACAAUAAUGCUAAUAGAUGGUCAAAAGACAGGAUUUUCAAUGAGACCAGGAAAAUCAUCGGGGCGCAACUGCAAGUCAUUACAUACAACGAAUUCCUGCCAUUGAUUUUGAGUAGGAAAACGGUAGGUUGAUAGCCCGCUUUUAAUCUCUUCUGAUUAAUCGAAACAGGUGCUGUCUCCUAAAGCCUUAGUAAGGGCUAUUUUUCACGUGCGACACAAGCAAAAACAUAUUAAGACAUAUAGGCAUCUACUUAACUAGAAAUCCGGUGCAAUUCAAGUAAAGUGUAAGGGUCUUACUUUGUAUUUAUGCUUACGUUAUGGCGGUUACACUUUUCAAAAUGCAUAAUAACAGCACAAGCAAGUUUUCUUUUAAACUAAUCCAUAUAGCUUAGUAUAUGUUUCACUGUAAAUGCAGUAUUGUAUACAGUACAUUAUUUGGCGCCGUAUUUGUUACGCCCUAAUACUAUGCGUUUGGUCUAGGUUAUAAUUUCACCUUAUACUACUGACCUGAAAGUACUGAGCAUCGGUGUAUUUCUACAUGCAUAAAACUUUGUAAACCAGCUCAAGAUUUAUCGGUGUGGGUUUGCCAAUCAGCUUGUCAGAACGGCUGAUCCUAUUAAUGUAAACAAUCUCAAAUUUAAGCCCACCUUAAGUUCUGAAUCGAAGACCUUGAAUUGCUGGUCGAACUUAGCGCCUGCUUUAAAACAAGCACUAAGCGGUCUUUAAAGCAGUCUGUUAACCACUAUUUCUGGAACGAUGUCAUACCAUGAGAAUCUGGACUCCCACAUAAGGAAACUGAAAGUUUCCUUAUUCUCAAACAGUCAUUUUGUUAUAUAAUGCUGUAUAAUUUCGCGACGGUAGGAGGGAAGUUAUUCAGGAUAACAAGAAAAACCCACGUACCCGGCCUUAAAUUUAGCAACUGAAUAUCAGUUACGUCAUGUUUUGUUAAUUUUACGAAAAUAUUUGUUUUAUUAUUCUUCAUAAUUAUUGUAGAUCAAAGACUUUAAGUCUCGAAAUACUUCCAGGAACGCAAUCAUUCAAGGGCUACUUUGUUUGGAAGCAAUUCAUAACAAGAUGCACACGAAAAAGACCUAUAUUCGACUUGCUCUAAAUUUAAAAAAAUUAAUAUGAUUUCUUAAAUGUAUCCCAAGUCACUAUGUUUUCAGCUGUUUCUCCCGUGCAUUAAAAAGCAACAUUCAUGAUGUUUCUUUUUCCCCCUCACUAUUCAGAUCAAUAAGUUUGGCCUCGAGCUCCUUAAAGGAACACAGUUUUUCAAUGGCUACGACAAAAACGUAAAUGCUCAAAUGACAAAUGCCUUUUCUGUCGCUGCUUACCGAUUUGGCCACAGCUUAGUUCAAGAAUGGUUUAGAAGAUUCAGUCAAAUUGGUUUCGAACAUAAAAGAAGUGAAUGCGGUUUGAAAACAGAAUUUCGGCCCAUCCCAGUGUUGGACUUCAAUAAUCCUCAAUACCUAUACGAGACAGAUCAGGGCGGCGUAGACGCCAUUGUGAGGGGACUAGUGAAAGAUUCGGCAGCGAAAAGUGACGGGUGAGUAAAAAGGAACUGUCUAGUGCCAGAAGAGAGGGUGUUACUAAACCAAGUCGUGUAAUUAAGAGGGCGGGGGGAGUGCUCCGCAGAGGACUACUUGCCUACCUACUACUACUACUCCAAGUUGAUCGUUAGUGGGGGUCAGGUUCGACUGCAAAUGAACAUACAUUUUAUCUCCCUGGAACAAACGCUGGGCAGAGCAUUUUUUUCUGGUAGAGUAUUUACUUUCUACUAUAGACAAAAACAUAUAUGCUACGAUUGAAAAUUUGUUUCCCUCUCAAAAAAAAUUAACGAAACAACUAUGAUCACAAAAAUUGACAACAGCAGCAAAAGGACACGCCUCUUGCCUGUGUAAAAUGGAUACCUUUUUUUAAUUAAUGCACUACGUUGAUAACAAUGAGUUGAUGUCAAUACUAGACGGCUCCUCCAAAACUGGUAUAGGAUUUGAAGGAGCCGAAACCAAUUAAGACAUUUUUGGCAUCUUUAUGAUGAACAGUUACAACUUAUACUUAUUUCGAACGUAGCAAAUUUACCGCCUGUCCCCUUUCAACCGUUCAUGUUCUAGGUAAAGUCAAUACAUAAAGAGAUGAUGAGUCUGGUAGGUCUAAUAGAUGUUCAGCUUUCCAGCUGCUCUUGCGAUGUUUUUAGGCAUAAGUUCAGCUGAUUCUCAUCGUUUUCGCAAACGUGUGUAAUUUCUCGCCAUUUUCUUGAGCUAAACUAAAACAGCUGAGCAAAACAACCUCGUCCACAGAUUUUCUCGGUUGCGAUCUUCACAUUGCCCAUAAUACACCUCGUUUACCUCCCACACUUUGCCUACAGAGGAGUGAAUGUUCGUAAUCCAAUUUAAAGCAGCUCCACUUUAAGGAUUUGCUAACUUUAUUUGCUUAGCUAAAAUAUUGUGUUAUUUACAUGUACUAGGCGAUUCUCCAGUUCUGUACAAGAAAACCUACGUCGUGGCGAGGGUGAUUUAUCUGACUUAGUCAGCAUUAACAUCCAAAGAGGUCGUGAACGUGGACUUCCGGGGUACACUAAGUAUCGUAACCUUCAGUUAUGUGGCCUGAGCAAUGUAAAAAGUUUCGACGAUUUGAAGAACGUCGCUGGCUUUGCGGAAGAGGACGUGGAAAAUUUGAGAAAGGUCUACGAUAACGUUCAUGAUAUCGACUUGUUUGUCGGAGGUAAGCAGUGCCCGAGUGCAUGUUUGUGUGUGUGUGAUGGGAAGUUGGGGGGGGGGGGGGGGGAGGGGCCCCCCCGGUUUUCGCGAAAAAAUUCAAAAAACUUCCUUUAUUUCUUGUUUCCCAGAGGUUCCCCACGGGGUGGAAAAAUAAGAAAGAAAAGAGAGAAACCUCCCCCCCCCCCAUAUGGGCCCACUCCCCCGCCUUGGGGGGGGGGGGGGGGGGGGGGGGGGGGGGGGGGAACGGUCGCCCCGGUGUUCGUCGAAAAAUUCCAAGAACAUCCUUUAAUUCAUGGUUACCAGAGGUCUCUCACGGCAUGGAAAUAUAUGAUAGGAAAGAGAGAGACCUCUCCGACCUCCUAAUGGGCUCAGUCUCCAGCCUUGUAUGUCUCGAUGCGCGCGGUACUCCCCACCCGACGGCUAAGUGUCUUGUACAUGACGUCAUGAUGUUCGUAUAGGUAAUAGCAUGAUUUGUAGUGAUAUUUAGCAUAAAUAUCACUAGUGAUAUUUCGAAGUUGUUAUAGGUAAAUUCACGAGCCGUUAGGCGAGUGAAAUUUGAGACUAUUCUGAAAUAUCACGAGUGGUAUUUAUGCCAAAUAUUACGUACAAAUCAUGCUAUUAUUAUUAUCAUGCUAUUAUUAUGUAGGUAUUUCAAAUUAAGGUGAAAUGCCACAGCUCUAAGCCAACCAAAUUGCAGAAAUUUUUCAUGUAGUAGUAUUAACUGAGUAAUUUUUGCAUGACGAUUUUUUUUCAUGAAAGCGAACCAUCUCCCGUGAGACCGAAGAGAGCCUUUUUCGCGUAGCAAGAUUAAACGUGUACUGUUAGAAGACGCAGAUAGAAAGGGAAAGUUCAAAAGAAUACUCAGUUUCCUUUUUGUGGAAAAAGAAAAGCUUUUAGCCAGAAAACUCGACUUCAAUGACUUCGACCAAGUUUUCUUCACGGCUUGUCGGGUUUUGAAAUGCCACCAAGACAGCGAAGUUUGUAAAGAAUUUUCUGGUACAUUUUUCACGUAAUGGCCAAAGAAAUUACACGUUUAAAUGGGAAUUUGUGUAUUUAUAAUUAAAUGUUUCAUAGGCGUUUUAUACAUUUCGACUUUGGCUUUAAAGCAAAAUUAGAAAAUGGGCCCCGAUUUGAGACGGAUUUAGCGUUGAAUUUUGCCACGUCCCUCUUUUAUAAAUUUGCGUAAUCGGAUCCACGAUCCAGUAAGUGUACAUGUUCAGCUAAUUGCUUUAAAUAAAUUUACUUACCCUUCAAUCCAAUUUUUUUUCUCUUAGAACAAUAAUUAAAUUAGGAGUUAUAAUAAGCAAACUGUGAAAAAGAAACAUGAGCCUACAUACUUCAUAUAAACAACAUGGAGAUAAAAGAAACUUAUGAAAGAUUCGUCGUAAAUGGGGAAUACGUACACACAAGUGAAUAAAAUAUGUCUUACAAGGAAAAAGAAUGUUUUAAUAAUGAUUUAAUCAGAGCUGGAAAGGCCAAGGUUUAACUUUUUGUAAACACGAAAACACCUCUGGAAUAAUUGUCAGCAGGAACUGAAAGAGCAUAUUAAAAUCAGGUACCUAUACUGUAACCUAUAGUGUGGGAAAAACAACUUUUGCUCCCCAGUCAUGGUUGAGUGGUUUUACAUGUACAUACAAAUCCUUGUAAAUUUCGAAAUUUUCAAACUGCAUUACGAGGCUCAAAUUUAAUCCCUUAAAUGCGGAAGGGAAAGAUUUAACGACAGUUUAAGAAUUUCCAAAUGUACAAGGCCUUGUAGGAAGACCACUCAACCGUGACUGGGUGGCAAAAGUUGUUUUUUUCCACACAAAUCCUUCUUAUUUUCGGCAGCCGUUGCAAUCGCUACUUUUAAGAGAUACGGCUGAAAAUUUAUAGUUUACCUAAUUUUAAUAUGGUCCUUAAGUUCCGGUUAAUAAAAUCUUCCAAAACCGAACUGUUUUCGCAUUUACAGAAAGUUUAUCACGUGAUCAACUGUUGCAAUAGGCUAUGUUCACACGAAACCAGAUUGCUCUUUGCUCCGUUAAAGAAAUCGCGCGGAAAUCACCGUUCUUAUGUGUGAACAGAAGUCCUAUCCGGUGUGGUUUUCGUGCCGGCGCAGAAGCUAUCCGGUGAUAGUGAGAACAUAGCCUUAAUUAUUACUUGACUGUGACCAUACCUGCCACAUGAGCAAAGCCCCGAGAAAGAACAGACUUAAACUGUCAAAAAUUUGGCGGAUAGUUUUCAAAAAUCUCAACUGUAAUUCACCAAUUUCGAUAUAUUAAAAUUCAAACUUGGCUUUGAGGCUCGUCGGAAUUACACAAAAGAAAUGUAUUAUUCAUCGCUGAGCGUCGAGAUGAUUACUUCUGUUUUAUUCCUAAGCCUUGGAUUAAAAUCAGUAAACGAAAAAGGCUAAUUUCACGAUGACGACAAUUGAUUACAAAUACCAGAAUUCAUUUCGUUUUUGCUUUCUUAUGUAAAUCUGUCAAUCCUGCUGAGUUUUAAAAGACAAUAGCCCUAAUUUACACAAGAAAACGACUAACUGACGGAUUCUUUAGUAAAAUGACCUCAUCGCUCAAUUGUUCUAUUGGUCUUGUUUGUCCUAUUUGGUCUACUCUUUAUUUGCUGUUUUUAGGUAAAUGCUCCUCACUGUUUUAAGCAACGGAUUAUUUCAGUUUACAUUUCGGUGUAUUGGUUGGUCACCUAAGUGCUAAAUUUUGUUUAAGUGCGUGACACAGUAAGAUCAAACACAUUCAAAUUCCUUUAAAUAUAACUUGUCGCGAAAACGCAGGCACCAAUAAUCGUUCACAAAAUAAAAAAGACCCUAUAAUUCCUUUCUGUUCCUGCUAUACAGAUCUUUCUGCUUUUAUAAUGCGAUUGGUAGAAUUUGUAACCAAAAACCGGUUUUGCUUUUUUCCUCAAAGGAAUGCUUGAGCCGAAACCUAGUGACGGAGGGGUACUGGGACCAACUUUCCAGUGCAUUGUAGCGGAGCAGUUCAAACGCCUCAGAGUUGGAGAUCGCUUCUGGCAUGAAAAUGCACCGAACCGAAACUUAAACACUGAUCGAACGGCGUACAACGGUGCAAUGCUACAGGAAAUCAGGAAAACAACCUUUGCCAAGAUACUCUGCGACAAUGCUGAUAGCAUCACGGCUGUCAACAAGAUGGUGUUUCAGCAAUCCAAGGAAAGAGUGAAUUGCGACCAACUACCGACGGUCAGUUUAACUCCAUGGAUAACUCCUCAUAGGGACUUGGGGUAAGUUUUUGGUAGAUAUUGGGGUCUUGUUUAUGGUGAAAGUGCACUUAGCUGUUCUAGCUGGUUUUAAGGCACUCCACGCCAGAUUGCGAGUACUAUCCGACACGCCAACCACUCGACUUGUUUUGUUUUUGGUAUAUUCAUUCUAUUUAAAAUACUGGUAAAGAUAGUGAUGCUGUUGAUGAAACAACGACGAAAAUGAUAAUGAGAUCAAAGAGACAGUUAAUUUACUAAUCAAGAUUAGAAGUGUAUUUUGCGAGUUCAUUGUUAUUAUGAUUCUUGUUUUAAGCCUGAUGCUUAAUUUUGGGUUUGGAUACAAUAAAAAUUUGAAUCUCAAAAUAUAAACUAGAAUGAUGAUGAUGACGAUAAUGUUGAUGACGACGAUGGUGAUGAUAAAAAUACAUAAAAAACUAUAAAACAACACUAUCAGAAAACCAGGAUUUUGAGGAAUGUUCCUCGUUUCUAGGUAACUAAGAGAAACAAAAGAGUGUCCCCAUGGGACCUUUGUCAUUUGUUAUGACUCGCUCUCCUGGGAUGUAUUCAAAGUAGACAGACUGCAAAUUGUAGUAGUUGCUAAAAAAUAUAUCUACGUGUCCCAACUGUUCAUCAGUAGGAUGCCUACAAAGCGUGCAAUUCCACAAUUGGUUUCGGCUCCAUUAAAUCCUAUACCAAUUGCAGAACAUUUUAGGAGGAGCCACCCACCGUGUCGGCAUGAGAACAGCCAGAGCUCAGGGCCGAGUUGUUCAAAGCUAGGUUAAGAUAACCCUUGGUUAGUGCAAGAUUUGGAUUCAGAUUUGAAAGCUUAAAAAACGUUUUAGUUUUACUUCUUUUUGUCUACGAGUAGAUGAUUGGAAGCUCUAAAAAUAACAAAGAAAAUUAUCCGAGAAAAUGCUUUUGAACACAAGAAAAAGAAACUCGGGUUAAAUUUAACCCCGGGUUAAGCGCUUAUCGGCCUUCGAACAACUGGGCCCUGAACUAAAUGGAUAAUAAUACUUCUAUACUGAUGAUGAUGAUUUUGAUGAUGAUGAUGAUGAUGAUGAUGAUGAAGAUGAUGAGAAGGAGAAGGAUGAGGAUGAUGAUGAUGAUAAGAGAUGAUGAUAGUAAAAAUAAUUUGUAGUUUCAAAACUGAAAAAAUUAUAUACAGAAUACUUCUUACUAUAUUUUUUAUCUUCCUCUCAGUACCUCAACGCAAAUCUCAUUUUUGUCCUUGAGUAAAUAAUAUUAAAUAAUCCUUAUCAUAAUCAUAACUGUCUUAUUUUUUUUUACCUUAUAGAGAACCUGACGAUGUUGACGAUGAUCUCCUAGAUGAUGACGACCCUGAGUUUUGAGUAUCCCAGCAUCAGUAAAGAAUACUCACAUCCUGGAAAAUUCUCGACGCUUUGCUGGAAUCGUAGAUUAGACAAACGACUAUCAUAAAAAUUGCCUUGCUAUAUUAAUUGUAAGGAGAGAAUGCAAUAAAUAUCAUUUUGCUUGGCAAGAUCUUGGUACGUAUUUGUUAUUUCAUCACAAAUAAAACGAGCAGGUCAAAAAUAGGGAGCUUAAGCGAAAAGUGAAGUCGAGCUGUUUUAAAAUACGUCGUGAUUCCACCUAGUUAAAUUUGUCAAAUGCUAGCAAAUUUUCUGAAGUUGUAUUCUUAAGGCCAAUUAACGCUAAAACCCGGGGUUAAAUUUAACCCCGAUUUCUUUUUCUUUUGUUCAAAAGAAUUUUCUCGGACAAUUUUCUCUGUUAUAUUUAGAGCUUCCAAUCAUCAACUUGUAGACAAAAAGAUUUAAAACUGAAAUGUUUUUUAAGCUUUCAAAUCUGAAUUCAAAUCUCGCACUAACCCUGGGUUAUCUUAACCCAGCUUUGAACAACUCGGCCCAGAUUAAGAAAAAAGAAAGCCGUUGUCCAUGUUGUAUUCAAGUCCUACUUUAAGGAAAAAAUAUAUAUCUUGCAAGGACAGCAAAUGAAAAAAAGUAAUGUGCGUGCAGAGGUGUUAUUUUGCUAGCCUGAGAAAACAGCCGAUAUCUCGCGACUCCACCAUGCCACUGCUGGUUUCCCCGCAAAAUGAGGUCUAAGGAACAGCGCAGAAAUUCCAUACUAAUGACGCGUCAUUAACUAGAUCUUGGUAGUGCUUCUAAUUGGUUAAAAAUUUGCUUCAACCAAUCAGAAGCACUACCUAGAUCUGGGUAGUGGCGGGUCAUCAGUGUUGAAUUUCUGUAGUCGUUUCUCAGACGUCAAUUUACGAGGAAACCAGUGGUGGCGUCGCAAAAUGUCGGCUGUUUACUCAGGCUAUUGAUUUGCUUACUGAGACACCGCGCGCACGAAUCCAGAUCCAAAUCGCAAUUUCUUAAUUAUACGAAUAAACCUUCCGUCCACGCGAAACCGGUUAACCCGCACACUAACUCGGGUUAAAUUUAACCCCGGGUUAAGCGCUUAUCGGCCUUCGAACAACUGGGCCCUGAACUAAAUGGAUAAUAAUACUUCUAUACUGAUGAUGAUGAUUUUGAUGAUGAUGAUGAUGAUGAUGAUGAGAAAGAGGAGGAUGAGGAUGAUGAUGAUGAUAAGAGAUGAUGAUAAUAAAAAUAAUUUGUAGUUUCAAAACUGAAAAAAAAUAUACAGAAUACUUCUUACUAUAUUUUUUAUCUUCCUCUCAGUACCUCAACGCAAAUGUCAUUUUUGUCCUUGAGUAAAUAAUAUUAAAUAAUCCUUAUCAUAAUCAUAACUGUCUUAUUUUUUUUACCUUAUAGAGAACCUGACGAUGUUGACGAUGAUCUCCUCGAUGAUGACGACCCUGAGUUUUGAGUAUCCCCGCAUCAGUAAAGAAUACUCACAUCCUGGAAAAUUCUCGACGCUUUGCUGGAAUCGUAGAUUAGACAAACGACUAUCAUAAAAAUUGCCUUGCUAUAUUAAUUGUAAAGAGAGAAUGCAAU